CCUCCUCCUCGCGUCCCCUGACCGAUCGUCGCUCCUCGCUGCCCGUCACCGCCGCAGCGGCUGAAGGAUGAGCCGCCUCGCCGCCGUCGUCGUCGUCACCCUGUCCUCGGCCCCCUGGGUUCGCUCCCGAUGAGCGGCGGAAGAGCGCGAGAGCACGGAGCGCCGCGUCCGUGGCUGGCAGCCAUGGACGCCGUGAGACGCGAGGAGGAGGAGGAGCGGGGUGAGAAGAGGGGCGAUGUGGAGCCAGUGAAAUUCCAGAUCAGGAGGAUCGAGCGACGGAACAUCUUCGUGACGCAGCUCGGGGAAGGAAGAGAUGAAGAUGAAAACAUAAAAAGAUUUCCAGUCGUCAAGGAGGGCCCCUCCCGCCUACUCGAGGCCCCUGGGGCUGCCCCCCAGGAGACCCUGCUCCUGCGACGGGAGGUGGAACGGAGGCGCGUCGACGCGGAGCUGGAGGAGGCUCGCGGGAGGUUUCGCCGGCGCAUGGAGGAGUGCGGGGCGCGCGGGCGCCAGCUGCAGCAGCGGCGCAAAGAGGAAGAGGACCGCGCGCUGCAGCUGCAGCAGGUUCUGCGUGAGCAGGACGCGCGCACGCGGCGUGCGCUCACGCGCCAGCGGAAGGAGCGCGCGGAGACGGAGGCGGCGCGAGGCGAAGCGGAGCGGCUGCGCGAGCUCCUGAUGCAGCUGCAGCGCAGGUGCCAGAAGCUUCAGAGGGCCACGGGCAGGUGCAAGGUGUACGAGGAUUUCCUCAAAGAUGCUCUCGAUCGCUUCCCCGAAGGGGAUGCGGGUGGCGAUGGCCACGACACCUCCGGCCUCAUCCGUCGCCACACGGGGCUCGAGGCGGCGAGGGUGGCUCUGCUCGGCCGCCUGGGAGACCUGGGACGUGAUCUGGAGCAGGCUCAGCUCCAACUCGCGCAGCUCACACGCGGCUUCAGCCACACAAACAUGGUGACCCACGGGGAGAUGUCUGAGCUGCGCUCUCGGAGGGAGCGAGCGCAGGAGCGCUGCCGCGCUGCCGAGGAGCGGCUCCUUGCCCUGCGCCAGCACCACCGCACCCAGGGCCAGGAGUUGGGCGCAAUGCUGAUGGCGAUUGAUAACCUGGCGGAGAGCUGCUACCUACGUCAAUAUGGCUCAUUGCAGGACAUGGACUCCUUCUCCAAGCUAGACAUGGUCCAGGAGUGCUUGCUCGAGAGGAUGGAGGUGCUGCGCGCCGUGCGCUCCGUCCGCCACGCCGCACCGUCGGCGUCCAGCGACCGCUCCCGCAAGACGGAGCCGUGGGGACCCCGGGCCCCCCGGAGCUCGGCCCCCGCGGGGAGCCUCCCUCGCCCGCCACUGCCCCCCGUGUCAGGCCAGAGUGGACGGUCAGGCAGGCAGGGGAGCACGCGGGCAUUGCUGAAGAUAACUAUUCCUGCUGUGAAAUAGGGCCUUGCCCUUGCGCGGUUACGCUCGCUGAUCCUUCUGGGUGGGUUAUCGUGGUUGUGCCACGUGGCUCUCCGAUGUGUUAUUGAGUUGUUCCGCGUGUGGUUCGGCACGAUAUUUAAUUUCCUAAGAACGUAGAGCAAAACGUCAGAUGAUCGAGCCCGAAAUAAACUUCAUAUGUCACUGAGCAGUAGACAUAGAAUUGUCAGCUCAGUGUUUUUUUUACAUUUCAGAACUCUUAAGAGGUAACCGCGUGGCUGAGCGGUCAGAGGGCUGAGCUGGCACAUCCAAACAAGAGCCACGAUAGAAAUAAAUAUUUGAUACAUUUCGCUGUUUCUCAGUAUAGACGUGUGUGUUUGCGCGAUGUUUUUCGUGAUUCGAGAAGGUAUUGGAAUUGCAGAGAUCGGCUAUUUAGCAUUUCCCGUAAUGUUUAUGAGAAUGUGUUGUUGAGUUUGAGAAUGGUCAUGAACAUUAAAGUGAUCAGCAUGUUUGUGUCUCUGACAAGAACACUGUAAAUCUCAUCAGAUCUCACAAGUUUAGCAGCCUGGAGCGUGCUUUUUUUUCACCUGGAUUGGUCACUACCCACCAGAGCUUCUUCCCAGGUGCUGUAGGUGCGAGGCUGCAAGGUGUGGCCAGUACUGAGUGUCUUCUCCUCUUAUGCAGUGUGAGUGUUCUCCGGUUUCGAAGUAAACUCGUUACGAGUGGAAUUUUGCGAAAUUGACCCAUUCCGGCGAAGAACCCGCACAGAAUAACAGCGCACAACCUCCUGUAAACCAGGUGAGGUGGUUAACAUCAUUAGUCAUCAUCAGAAUAUUGAUUUAUUCUGGAGGAAUCCGAUGAGCUAUGAAGCUCUUUUUAACAGAUGGCUCUACUUUUGAAAGUAAUAAAAAAAAGCAAUGAUCACU